GAGACGAGAAAGGGGAGAGGGCACGGAACCGGGUUCAUCGGGGCUCGUGGCAGGCAGCUAUAGUAGAGGAGGCAUUGGCACAACAAACAUGCCCGUUGCCAAGCUGAUUUGUUCUCCGAACUGUGCAUAAUACGUUGUAAUUGCUUCCUGCUCCGUAUAUCCCGCUAGAAUUCAUAUUGUUUAGGCUUUCAAAAUGUUUAAAAACACUUUUCAGAGUGGGUUUUUGUCAAUACUCUACAGCAUCGGAAGCAAACCACUUCAAAUCUGGGAUAAGAAGGUUAGAAACGGACACAUCAAGAGGAUCACGGACAACGAUAUCCAGUCCUUCGUGCUCGAAAUACUGGGCACAAACGUCAGCACAACUUUCAUUACGUGUCCCGCCGACCCUCGGAAAACGUUGGGCAUUCGACUUCCUUUCCUCAUCAUGAUCGUGAAAAAUAUGAAGAAGUAUUUCACAUUUGAAGUUCAGAUCUUGGAUGACAAGAACGUUCGUCGACGCUUCCGUGCAAGCAACUUCCAAAGCACAACUAGGGUAAAGCCCUUCAUCUGUACUAUGCCAAUGCGUUUGGAUGAAGGUUGGAAUCAAAUUCAAUUCAACUUGGCAGACUUCACUCGCCGUGCCUAUGGGACAAGUUACGUAGAAACAUUGCGAGUGCAGAUCCAUGCAAACUGCCGUAUCCGGCGGGUGUACUUUGCAGACCGCCUGUAUUCUGAAGAUGAGCUGCCUGCAGAGUUCAAGUUGUACCUGCCAGUCCAAGCUAGAGCUAAAGUUUGAAUUUCUUUGCAGUGACUUAACAGUCAUAUCCUCAUGUACAGCUCUCAUAUUGUCUUUUUUUUUUUUCUCACACAUGUACUUUGUACAGCUGCUACUGUGUAUAUUACUAGCUUGUAAUCAAGAGAAAGGAACCGAGGGGCUCCAUUUUGUUAAUUAUGAUCAUACAAUAAAGCCAAUAAUGAAGCCAAGGAAAGCAUCGGCAAAAUUAGCUGUGGUUGAAUUUGAAAUGUAGAAAAUGGAAAUGGGGAAAGUGGACGAAAAGAUAACUUGUCGCCAGUGCGGACUGAACCCACAACCUCCGCAUUACGCAUGCAUUGCACUUCUAGUUGUGCCAUGGUACAGUGUACUAGAAGGGGGCAGUGGGCUUACCUGCUCCUCUGACUCAGUUAGCAUCGCAUCGAAGAGGUAAUGCCACAGGCAACUUCAAUGGAGUACCCAGGUCACACAUUGACGACACCAGAAAAAGCAGCGACCAAACAGUGCAAGAGUGCGUAAAGGAGGCAGAAACUUCCCAGUGGAGAACUAACAUGCAGGCAAAAACAACACUUGCACUUUACCGAGCCUUGCGAGGGAGAAAUUGCCAUGGAACCCCUGUAUGACAACGGUGACGGCAGUGCUCUGCUCUUUUGGUCCGUGCGGGAGUGCUGUGCACACUUGUAUACCGCCAGCGUUUCGACCCCACCCCAAACGUCCAGGCGGCAGUAUGUAGGGCAUGUGGGCGACACGUCGAAACAAUCGAACAUCUCGUCCUUCACUGCAUGCAGCUCUCACUAUCCCCACAAGGGGACACCAGCAUACAGCAGUCACUUGGAUUCGCGACAGAUAGUGGACGCUUGCACAACCGCUACGUGCAUCACAAAGCACAGACUACAGCAAUGGUGGAAAGCGAACUAGUGAAGUGCUGCAUCAGUGUGUGUGUGUGUGUGUUUCUUCCCCCCCCCCCUCGGCUAGGAUGCAAACGUUGUCUUCCCGAUAAAAAAGGUGCAGCCACAGAUCAUCAUCAUGGAAGCUUUGCUUGCAGAAGCUUUCAUUUUAAUGCAAAAGCAUUGAGGGUCCCAUGUCGCAAAAUAUCUGAUGUCAGCAUUGUACGCCGCUUGGCUAAAAAUCAUUUCGAACCACAACCACGCAGGCCCUCCUCAUGGUGCAGAGGCAUUACUGAACUAAUUCCUCAAAGUAAGUACGUCAGAAAAAUCUUAAAAUAUGUCGUAUACACAUCCUACAGACAUGGCAGCAACGGAGUUUGGUUUGAAUAUGCCAGAAAACAUAAUUUUGUUACGCGGAAACUCAAACACAAGCUCCUUUUCUGAGCGGCGCGGUCCGCUCGGUUUCUUGCAACACCACCAUGCUGCUGUUUUCAGUUUGAAUCGGUACACUCGUUUUUAAUUUUGGCACACUAGAGAUUCUUUACAUAUCUUUGGCAAGCACUAUGUUUGUUUAGGUCACAUGAUAUUUGCCGGAAUAGUACCUUGUGGAAAAGGACUAUGCCAAUUCUUCGGCGAUUUGCUGCCCAACUGCUUGACAUUUUAUGCAAAUAAGUUGUUGCCGACGGAUAUUGCUUAUGCAGAAGGGGCCUUAAAAAAUUUUCUGAAUUAUCCGGCAUUCAUAAAAAAAUUCAUUAGAAAAACAGUCUUGUUGAAUUAGAGAAUCGGUCACCAAUUAUACAGCUUCAUGCCGUGUCGACCUAACCUGAAAUGAUUUUGUGUCAAGAUUGUCUGGUAGUCCACCAGUGAAUUGGUCAGAAAACUGCUCUCAUACUUCCUAGCUGAUCUAAAACAAAUGUAGGUACUCUAGCCAGGUUUGUGCCUCUGCUUAGCCAAAACAAAAUUGUAUGGCUUAAAUAUUUCCUUCUUUCACUUAGGUUGCUUCACAUGUGACAGCAGCCUUCUGCAUUUAUCUUUAACCAUCAUUAUGCAGUUACACUUUCGUUAUGCAGAUGUACAGCAACCUAAGGGUAAACAAAAUGAAAACAGUGUUGUUACUGACAUGAAGCUUUUAUUUCGAACAGCUGAAGUACAACGUCCAUCUAUUGAUUGAUUCAUGCACUUCACCUCAUGUGCAACGGCUCAACUUCAGCUGCUUGGCCCUCUGCCAAGCACUUUUCUGCCUUGUCACUGUUAAGUCCUUUCACAUAAAAAUAAAGGUGUGUGACAAUGUAAAAACUAAUUAUUCUAGCUGUGAGGAUAGGAACAUAUGUAUUGCAACCAAUUUCGGGGGGAAUCUGCUCUUAACUGCCAGCUUAUCCAUAAUGCUUUCAGAGUGCAGCUCACUCUGACGGGAGCAUUCCAUGAAGAGAUCCGCAAGCUUUUCACGAAGCCGUACAACUGACUGGAGGGAUAAAGGAGGCCUCUUUAGUCAUAGUAGUUCAGCCGGGCAAGUUGAAAACUUUUGCCUGGAGGAGUCGUAGUGAGCAGCUUGAUGUAUUUCUUGGCAUUUUAUGUUGGCACUGAAAACACACUUCCGUACAACACAACAAAGCCUGCAAUGUGGUAAGUAAGCCUUGAGUCCUUUCUGGCCAUGUGCUGGUUGUGGUCGUUUGAAACCUGCAGGCCCGUGCCAUCCUGGUGUACUAUGUUUUGUGUGGCCUCUGUGGCUGUCUUGCCUGUAGCCUGUCUGGCAUGCAAGUGCGCAACAGUGGUUUUGUCGAUGUCUCGGCAUGGCUCAGUCACUGCUAAGCAUACUCGUCUCUUGAAUGCUGUGGGUGACAAAAAUUCUGCAGGAAAAAAAAUUCAUGCAAGAACUCCUCUGGUAGUUAUCCAAGUAUGCGUAGCAUUGUGCCACUUGCUCAUCUCCAUGCAGCUCGGUGUCAUUAUCAAUGUUAUGGAACUUGAUCCGACCACUAUAAACCCUUAUCAACCCUCAUCGGUUGUUCAUGUUCAAUAGCGAACAUGAUAAGGCAGGUUUAAUUAAGAUAGAGUUCAUUGCGGCACUUGAACACUCGACCUUCAGUGGCAGGCAAACCCACGACCUUUCAUGUUAAGGAGAAUUAGGGUUAAUUUAGCACAGGUGUUGCAAAACCACCACUACAUUUAUUGAGGGGGGUAUGCGAUGCUUGCUUUGUUCUUUAUUGAAACGUAUGCUGUUCCAUGUGUUGUGUGGGUGAUUUCAAUGAAUGUAUGCACUGUUCGCUUCACUUGGUCGAGUGCUUGUAGCCUCUGUCUUACGUGGGUAUGCGCCAUUCAUUGUCUAACGUAACAUAAUGCUUACGCAUUUAAAAGCCACGCAACAACGUCCGCAGCAAAUCAAUGCAGCUCGGAAACUUGGGCUAAUAUGCCCGGGCUAUUGGAGAAGCACAUAUUGUCGACGUUCGUAGAGCCGCCAUACCGCAUAGCCUCCGCCGGCGAGUAAGCCCACUGCCCCUUCUAGUACACUGUAGCCACGGCAACGGCUAUCGAUCUGUCCACUAACUUGGGACGAAAAGAUAACUUGUUGCCAGUGGGGACCAAACGCACAACCUCUGUUUAUUAGCCACAUGCCUUCUCUCCUAAGUUCACAUGCUACAUGACGCCAUCAGGCAGAAAAGGAUGUUCCACACCCACCCACCAUGGCUCCAAGUGGCACUGGCUAAUACUCCCAGGGCUAGAUAUAGCAGACAUAAAUACCCAAGUUAGUGGGAGGACUGAUAGCUGUUGGCGUAGCACAAUUGGUAGUGCAACGCACGCGUAAUGCGGAGGUUGUAGGCUCAGUCCCCACCGGUGUCAAGUUAUCUUUCUGUUCACUUUCAUUUCCAUUUUCUAUGCUCUCCUUGGCUUCAUUGACUGUUAGCUUUGUUAUAUAGCUUGUGAUCAGUAAUUCACAGCACCAGAUCCAUUUAUUGGUGAGCAGGAAAGCUGCAGUGGCUAUUAUUACUUGGUUGUGUUGCUGAAACUAUUUUUCAAUACCCUUUUAAGGGUGCAAUUCACCACAUUAUUUCAAGCCAGAAAAGGAGCAGGACUUUUCAAAAGACUGAAUAAACAUUGUAAAAAUGGUUUCAUUGUAUGUGUAUGCUCAAUGCAAAUACUUCCAACUGUAGGCCUAUGAUUGAAAAUACAAAAUGGAGCUUUGCAUGCUUCAAGUUACCAGCAAUGUGCAUCUUUUCUGCGAUUCUGCAUACUACUGCCGAUUGCAGUGGCCCAUUCUCAAUAAACAUUGAGGCACCAUGAUAAAUGGUGUAACCUAGUAAAGACAAACUGCGACAAAUUUUCACUUUAGCUGAACGUAGGGUUGUGCAAAUAUUCAGAUACGAAUUAAAUAUCACCCUAUUCGAAUCUAACAGCUGCUAUUCUUAAAUACGAAUCGUUUUAGAAUAGUUCUCGUUCAAUAUAGUUGAACUCUCAUAACGAUACUGGUUUUAACAAUGCGCAGCUGAUGUACAGUCAAUUUUUUUGUUUUCUAUGGUAAAAUAAACUGCUUACUACAACACUCU